AUGGAUUUGCCGCCCAUGACAAAAGAAAAUGUCAUUGAUUUGCGAAAGAUCACAGAUGGCGCGACGAGACACAUUCAAGCCCUUCAGGCCCUAAAACGUCCUACAUCCUACUGGGACGAUCUGCUAAUUCACAUUUUAAGCCAUAAGCUCGACGCGCUUACCUUACGAGAAUGGCAGUUAUCACUGACGAGUUCCGAGCUGCCUACCUUGAGGCAAUUUAUCGAUUUCAUUGCCCUUCGUUGCCAAAAUCUUGAAACAAAUACUAAGACAAAUGCCGACUCUCCAAGGAGCUUCAAUACGCGAUCGUCGGUUAACGCGAAGCGUCAGUCAUCGUGUGUCGCAACAGUAAAGUCAAGGUGUAACUUUUGCAAAGGAGACCAUCUCGUAUAUUAUUGUCAGGAUUUCUUAGCAUUACCGGCCGCACAAAGGUUGUCGGAAAUUCGAAAGCUCAAGACGUGCACCAAUUGUUUAAGAUCUACCGAUCACUCUUCAAAUAAAUGUACAUCGGGUAACUGCAAAAUUUGCAAGUCAAGGCAUAACACUCUACUUCAUCUAGCAGCCGCCGCGCCGGCAAAGGCUGCCGCGUCGGGUUCGCAGGACAACACCGCGGCUAGCAGCGGAGAAGCAGGUCCUUCUAACACUCUCGUCACGCAUAGCGUAAGCGCUUUCGAUAACAAGUGCGUUAUGCUCUCAACUGCCCUUGUCUUCGCAUACGAUUGCAAGGGCGCGCGCAAACCUUGUCGCGUACUAUUGGAUUCAGGCUCGCAAGCCAAUUUUAUUUCGAAGCGAUUUUCGGACUUGCUCAAUCUUAAAACGCGCUCGCUAGAUAUUUCUAUUUCCGGGAUAAAUAAGACAGCAACGAAAUCGCACCAGGCAGCGGAGGUACGUCUGCAAUCGCGUACAACUCCCUACAGCUUUUCUGUGGAUUGCAUCGUCACCGAUCACGUGACAGACAAACUUCCCGCCUUCACAUUGAGAAGAAGCGCGUUUGAAAUUCCUCAAAAUCUAAAAUUGGCUGAUCCACAGUUUCAUGUCGCAUCAGAAAUUGACAUGCUGAUCGGCGCGGAGCAUUUUUGGCAUUUGCUUUGUGUCGGGCAAAUCAGGGCAUCUCCAGCGCAUCCGACCUUACACAAAACUCGUCUCGGGUGGGUUUUGGCUGGGCGAUUGGGCACUCCGCAGAGCUCACGAAAGACCGUGCAGUCCUUUCACGCGUCGGUAACUAAUACUCAGCUGCACAAUCAAUUGUCUCGCUUUUGGCAACUCGAAGACGUUGCCGAAGCUCAGAAUAACUAUACCGACGAGGAGACUCAAUGCGAACAACAUUUUUUGCAGAACAUGUCUCGUACUGCACAAGGCAGAUUUGUGGUUAAGUUACCAUUUAAGAGAAACGAACUCAUUAAUCUCGGGGAUUCCAAGGACAUAGCCACAAGGCGUUUUUAUAAUCUAGAAAGACGUUUCAAUCGCGAUCUUACAUUAAAAAGUCAAUACUCUCAAUUCAUAAAUGAAUAUUCGGCAUUAGGCCAUAUGAAGCUAAUCGAGGAGCAACACAAUGAUUCAGAAUCCUUUUACUUGCCUCACCACUGUGUUUUCAAAUCCGCGUCGGGCUCCAGCAAGAUUCGAGUAGUUUUUGACGCCUCGAGUAAGAGUUCAUCCGGUAUUUCGCUAAAUGACGCGCUCAUGGUGGGCCCAACCGUUCAGCAAGAUCUGUUUUCAAUCUUGUUACGAUUUCGUACCUUUCGUUUUGUUCUUGCGGCUGACAUCAUUAAAAUGUAUCGGCAAAUACAGAUACAUCCGUCUCAAACACGCUACCAGCGCAUUUUGUGGCGGGACGACCCUACCUCCGAUAUCAGAACAUAUGAGCUUACUACUGUGACGUACGGUACUUCUUCCGCGUCAUACUUAGCGACGAGAUGCCUCAAGUGGUUGGCCGAGCAGCAUGUUAAUGAAUUUCCACCGGAUCCGCAUGCGGCAGACGAAAAUCGCGCCGCCACUUCUAAACGAGUUAUACUUUCCGAAGUCUCUCGACUUUUCGACCCUCUCGGGCUACUAGGUCCUGUUAUCGUCUUGGCCAAGCUAAUUCUGCAGGAGCUUUGGCAGUUAGGUAUUCAUUGGGACGAAUCGGUCCCACAAGAUCUUCAUUCGCGUUGGUCAAGACUCAGAUCAGGACUGGCCGACAUCAAUCAACUCUCUGUUCCGCGAUGCGCCAAGCUCAAUGCAGAUCCGCAAUCCAUACAGGUCCAUGGCUUCUGCGAUGCAAGCCAGCGCGCUUACGGAGCGUGCAUAUACAUACGCACCAAGCUCGAAGGCGGCGUAUAUCACGUGGAAUUAUUAUGCUCGAAAUCUCGCGUUGCUCCUCUCAAAACGGUAUCGCUGCCUCGUCUCGAGCUUUUAGCGGCAUUAUUGUUAGCCAGACUGGUUAAGAAAAUCAGUACGUCGAUCAAUUUAUCCGAGAUGCAAACCUUUUUCUGGUCGGACUCAACGAUAGUCUUAAAUUGGAUAGCCUCGCCUUCCCGAAGAUGGUCAACCUUUGUGGCUAACAGAAUCGGUGAAAUUCAGAGCUUGACUGAUCCCUCCGAUUGGCGUCACGUCAAGUCAUUCAAUAAUCCCGCUGACAUUUUAUCGCGUGGUUUAGACCCGCAGGAGCUAGCGAAUUCUUCAAUGUGGUGGCAUGGCCCCUCGUUUCUAGAGCUAAACGAUGAUCGUUGGCCUAGCUCCGAAUUCUCACGCACAUUAGAAGGCCUUCCAGAACAAAGGAAAUGCUUUUCGGCCGUCGCCGUAUUAGAUCACCUUAUCAUCAAUGAUUUGCUAAUUAAACAUUCAAAUAUCAACAAGGCAUGUCGUAUAUUAGCGUAUUGCCUAAGAUUUUCGAGGGCCCGACGCCCGAUCGCACCUAGUACCUUCGUAUCUCAUCAAGAAAUUUCCGUCGCAUUACGGAUCAUGUGCAGGUCGGCGCAGGCUCAAGCCUUUUCCGCGGAACGCAAUGCAUUGUGCAGGGGCGAUGCCAUUAGCGCAUCUAGUCAUAUAGCAUCUCUAUCCCCAUUUAUAGACAAGGAGGGAUUAAUUCGAGUAGGCGGUAGAUUGGUCCAUGGCUUCUGCGAUGCAAGCCAGCGCGCUUACGGAGCGUGCAUAUACAUACGCACCAAGCUCGAAGGCGGCGUAUAUCACGUGGAAUUAUUAUGCUCGAAAUCUCGCGUUGCUCCUCUUAAAACGGUAUCGCUGCCUCGUCUCGAGCUUUUAGCGGCAUUAUUGUUAGCCAGACUGGUUAAGAAAAUCAGUACGUCGAUCAAUUUAUCCGAGAUGCAAACCUUUUUCUGGUCAGACUCAACGAUAGUCUUAAAUUGGAUAGCCUCGCCUUCCCGAAGAUGGUCAACCUUUGUGGCUAACAGAAUCAGUGAAAUUCAGAGCUUGACUGACCCCUCCGAUUGGCGUCACGUCAAGUCAUCCAACAAUCCCGCUGACAUUUUAUCGCGUGGUUUAGACCCGCAGGAGCUAGCGAAUUCUUCAAUGUGGUGGCAUGGCCCCUCGUUUCUAGAGCUAAACGAUGAUCGUUGGCCUAGCUCCGAAUUCUCACGCACAUUAGAAGGUCUUCCAGAACAGAGGAAGUGCUUUUCGGCCGUCGCCGUAUUAAAUCACCUUAUCGUCAAUGACUUACUAAUUAAACAUUCAAAUAUCAACAAGGCAUGUCGCAUAUUAGCGUAUUGCCUAAGAAUUUCGAAGGCCCGCCGCCCGAUUGCACCUAGUACCUUCGUAUCUCAUCAAGAAAUUUCCGUCGCACUACGGAUCAUGUGCAGGUCGGCGCAGGCUCAAGCCUUUUCCGCGGAACGCAAUGCAUUGUGCAGGGGCGAUGCCAUUAGCGCAUCUAGUCAUAUAGCAUCUCUAUCCCCAUUUAUAGACAAGGAGGGAUUAAUUCGAGUAGGCGGUAGAUUGGUUAAUUCAGAUCUGAAUUUCGACGCGCGCCACCAAAUUCUAUUACCGCGAAAUCAUAUUUUGACUCAACGCAUACUAGAACACGAGCACACACGCAGCGCUCACGCUGGUGUGCAAGCUACCAUGGCGGUGGUAAGGCAGCGUUUUUGGCCGAUAUCUCUGCGUUCAACCGCGCGAAAGAUAAUAAAAAAUUGCGUGACGUGUUUCAAGAUAAGGCCCGUCCACUCGGAGGCUGUCAUGGGUCCGUUGCCGGCAGGACGCGUCACCGUUUCGAGACCGUUCACUCAUUGUGGUAUCGAUUACGCUGGCCCAUUCAUGAUUCGCGAAUCGAAGCGACGCAACGCACCAAGUCGAAAGGCAUAUCUAGCGAUCUUUGUAUGCUUCGCUACUAAAGGCGUGCACCUCGAACUCGUUAGUGACCUGACCUCGGACUCCUUUAUCGGCGCUCUUAAACGUUUCGUCUCGCGUAGGGGAAAACCCUCUUGUAUAUAUUCCGACAACGGAACCACAUUCGUCGGGGCUCAAAGGCAGCUCAAGGAAUUCUUUGAAUUCUUGCGUGACGACCGUAUCCAAACUGAAAUUGCGCACUUUUUACGCGAUCACGAAACCGCGUGGAAAUUUAUUCCACCCAACGCACCUCACGUUGGCGGGUUAUGGGAAGCUGCCGUUAAGUCCGCUAAGUACCAUUUGUACCGAAUCAUCGGAAAGUCACCAUUGAACUUUGAGGAAUUGCAGACAAUAUUCUGCGAAAUAGAGUCUAUUCUGAACUCACGACCUCUUACGCCACUUAGCAACGAUCCUAACGAUCUUGAUUACCUAAGUCCUGGUCACUUUUUGAUUGGCACCGUCUUAAAUAGUUUUCCUUACAAUGAUCUAACCGAUGUAAACGAGAAUAGGCUAGUGCGCUGGCAGCGAAUCGAGCAGGCAAGACAACACUUUUGGCGCAGGUGGAGCCAGGAAUACCUGCACACCCUACAGGAACGCUCCAAGUGGAGAACCAACAAAGGCGAUCAGCUAAAACCUAACCAAAUGGUAUUGUUAAAGCAGCAGGGUCUGGCGCCCCUUCAAUGGUUGCUGGGUCGCGUUCAGGAAGUCCAUCCAGGGGCUGAUAAGGUCGUGCGAACGGCCACGAUUCGUACGGCGAAGGGCUCGUUUACCAGACCAUUAACCAAAAUUGCAAUUCUGCCCAUAGACACGUAA